AUGGCUAAAUCAAAAUUUUAUACAGUACAAAAAGAAGCUGAAGUUAGGUUAUACAAGGAAGGAAAAAGAGCCGGAAAGGAUGUAUAUAAAGAUUUGAUCCAAGAUGCUCAAGAAAUCAAAUUACUUACUGUUUAUAUUGCAAUCAUUACCAUCAUCUUUAUCAACAACAAGUCGGGAUCAACCUAG